CUGCUCGCUAGGGGUGUCGCCUUAGAGAUCUGGACUGGCUGGGAUUGAGAAAGGUUCAACAUGCCUUUGGCUAGAGAUUUACUACACCCAUCCUUGGAAGAGGAGAAGAAAAAACAUAAAAAGAAACGGCUAGUUCAAAGCCCAAAUUCCUAUUUUAUGGAUGUAAAAUGCCCUGGUUGCUACAAGAUUACCAUGGUUUUCAGCCAUGCUCAGACGGUGGUUCUUUGUGUAGGCUGUUCAACAGUGCUGUGCCAGCCAACAGGAGGAAAGGCCAGACUCACAGAGGGGUGUUCAUUUAGAAGAAAGCAACACUAAUGAUCCACACAACCUCUUGAAUUUGUGUUCUAUCGCAGAAAGCCUUAUCAGUUCAGU